AUGGCAUCAUCGUCACCACAACCAGCAGCGCCCCAGGGUGUCACAAAGUCCAAUUGGGCCAGUUCCGACAGCGGCACUCAACAGCAACAACGAAACAUAGCCACAACCGCUACUGUUGCUACUUCUACCACAUCUACUGCCCCUGCCAGCAUGAUUGCCGAACAGCAGCAUAUCAACCACAAAGUCAAGAUCUUUAUCCCUUGCCAUUAUGACCUCUCCCAGGUGGAGACGUGUGCCCCGUUUCUGGAUCGGUACGGAGGAGUUGUGUUUGUGUACGACUGGAAUGUGGCCAAGGACACCAUCACAGACUACUACCGUCGACAGUACCCCGAUGGCUGGGUUAAGGUCGUACCCUUCUCUCUCAGGAACAUCCUCGACGCCAUGAAGAAUCUUGACCACCGUUUAGAGAGGGCAUCAUUACCAUAUAUGCAGGAUCCAAUAGGCGGCACAAACGGAAGCAACGCAAGCCUCUACAGCGUCCCGAGUCCUGGAGGUACGAGUAUCAGUGUUCUGUUUGAAGCUAAGAGACAGCACCAGGUGGUCUUUCUGUUGACAGGAUCGAUGAACCCGGACUAUGGUGUCUUUGGACUGACCCAGAAGCGGAUCCUGGACGCCGUAAAAGAUGCGUUGCCGGAGAGGGUGCGUGCUGUGAAUGUGAUUGGACAUUGCAUGUACGGUUGUUCUUCUUGCUCUGGAGUCGAACAUAAGGUGCCCUUGUAUUUUACACGGUACUUCAACAAGUCGUUACCCUACACGGCACAGGAUGUCCGUAAAAUGUACACCCCCAAUCUCUCAACUGGCGUGCCGACCUCUAAUUCAGCCCACGCGGUUCUGGUAGCGCCCUCCUGUGGUAGUACGUCGAUGCUAGCCCAAAAGCCGUUGAUCCGACUCUUUCAUCGACUGGAGCAGACCGGGAAAUGGAAAUUCAUCUGGAAGAUGCACCCAACCUCACUGCAACUGGACGGAUACGACACAGAGGACGCCUCGGGAGUUGAGCAGACCGAACUGGAGAACGUCAAGUUUAUCCUGGCCAACUUUACAGUUACCCAGGAGGAGCACGCUUGUUUGUUGCCCUUCAUGGAAGCCUUUGAUGUUAUCAUUACCGACCUGCACUCGUCGGUGCCUUUUAUUGCGACGUAUUUCACGCCAAAGAUCAUCCUGUCGUACUUUAACGACGCCGACUAUGGAACACCCGAACGCCACGAGGAGUUUAUGGAUCAACUCAACACGUUUGUGGAGCCUGAGGAGCUGGAGGCUCUAUUGACGACACUUCCAAUGGCCAAGGGUGACCCUUCGUUCUUUUACAGUCAAUACGGACAUGUUGAUGGCAAAGAAGAUCUUCGGUUUGGCAACCUUGCUAAAUGGCCCACUGAGCAGGCGAUGGGCCAGAUCGCAGUAGAGUGGCGAAAGAUCUGGAAGGAUACCACAAAAAAGUUUGCGGACGAUAUUGAGGGCGCCAACAACGCUCUUGGCUUCCACGCCAAAUUCCCUCUGCUCCAAGGGGAGGAUGCUCUGACUUUACCGAUGACCUUGCCCCGGGUCCUGCCGCGCGAGCGACGUGCCGCAGGGGUCGAGUUGAGGAUCAUGAGUUUUAAUAUCUGGAAUGGUGGACUUUCAAGUGGUUACCCUAUUGAGCAGACUGCCAAGGCUAUCCUUGCCUCUGGCGCUGACGUUGUCGGCCUUCAAGAGUGCUCGACGACGAUGGAGCACGGAAAGAGAACGUACAUGCUGCCAGAAUUGAUCAGGCACCUUCCUGGAUGGUACUACAGUGACCAGAAGCUCCGCCACACCAGCGAAGGACCCCGCAACCCUUGGGGAGUCGUCUCCAAGUUCCCAAUCGUUAACACGACCGAGCUCGGCUUUGGUGUCAAGAUACAACUCAACAACCAUCGCCACCCAGAGACUGAGCCCACGUACAUUGGCCUGCCUGAGAGCCAAUACCCAUCGACGACGAGAUCACGCACGAGCUCCUUUGCGUCACUCCAGGGGAAUGAUAGCACGCGGUUCAUGUACCUGUUCAACUGUCACCUGUUCUAUUUCCCGUACCAGCCUUUCCAGUUGCUCAAGAUUCCGUAUGAUGACCAGCCUUUCCUCGAUACUGCUGAGGAGGCGAUCGAGUCUUGUCGGGUGGCGAGGGGCAAGGAGAUGGAGGCUAUUCUAGGCGAGAUCCGGAAAGUGGCCGAGCAGGAGAAGGAUGUGUCGAUCUUUUUGGCGGGGGAUUUCAAUGAGCCUAGCCAUCUGGAUUGGACGCCAUUGUCGGUCCUGGCCGGGCUGCAGCCCAUCUCGGUGGAGUGGCCCAUGACAGAGAUGGCGUACAAGGCUGGAUUGAUCGAUCUGUGGAGGGCUUAUAGGCCACAUACCUCUUCUGGAUCCUCGCCAACUAGUCCUAAUGGAUCCUCAAACGGGAUGUUCUCCAGUCUCAUCAAUGGCACCACGUCUAAUGGCCAAGUCCACACAAUGGAUGGCGAUGAUACCUGUAGUGAACGCGACAUGGCCGAGCGGGCGGUGAUCGAGCGUCCAGGCAUGACAUGGACAGUCCUCAAACCGGAACUGGACGAGACGGACCAUUAUGAUCGGAUUGAUUUCAUCUUUGGAUUGAAUAGAGAGUCGAGUCCGAUUGCUCUCAAGGAGAUUGCGGUCAAGUUUGGCGAGGAGGUUUCCCGGUCUGGAGAGAAGAACGAUAAGGUGUUCAAGCCUUGGCCUUCUGACCACCGUGCCGUUAUUGCUACUGUCAUCGUGUAG